AUGGCAAUCUUGUCGACUUGUCCGGGCCUGAAAGUGGAGAUCAUCGUCGACGGCGAGCCGCUACCGGAAUUCGAUGAUCAGGAAGCGGAUCAAGAAUCACACACCAAGACGACCUAUAUCGAGGCGAAGACGGGCGCCGAUUUCGUAGUCAGGUACACCGUUUCUGCGCUAUUUUCCACUGAUGACAUCAGUGCGCAAAUUUGCAUUGAUGGAGACGAAGGCAAUCACAACGCGCAUGAAAGUCAUGAGCUUAAUAAUACCUUAGUCCAUACCGUUGAGGGCCGGCUAUCAAAGGCUGGUCGGAGGGUUUUCAUCCAGAAGUUCCAAUUUGCUGAACUGACCAUCGUUGACGGUAACACGCAACUCAUCAACAAAAGUCUUGUGCAGAAAUUGGCUUCGUUGGGCAUGGUGACUGUUAAAAUCCAGCGUAUAGCAAACCUACGCAAGGUAAGAGGUGGGCCUUCUUUCAAAGAGGACUCAAAAGUCGAUGUCGUUCCUGAGAAAGCUCUUAAAGGAGACGCGAGAUCACACCAAGCAAAACUAGGCAUUCCCAAAACACAUUCAAAAGUUCAUUGGUGGGAUUGGGAUAUCAUCGAUGAGCCUUUCGCCACUUUCAACUUCAAGUAUCGUUCCCUUGAUGCCCUCAAAAUACUUCAAAUCAUUCCCCGAACUCCGAGUCCUGUACCGCUAGAAGAGCGACCGGAAGAUGACCUCAAUCUAAACGAGCUACGUCAACUCGUGCGGAACUUCAAGGGACGGAUCGCAGCUGCUCCCAAAUUGAAGAAAGAAGAUGGUACUAAGCGGGAUCGGACGAUCGACAUCAAUGAUGAGGACGAUGAUGAGGACGAUGAUGAGGUUGUGGUCGUUCAGUCGAGAAGCCGGAAGCGCCGUUGUGGUUCGAGCAACGAGGUGAUCAUGAUAGAUUGA